CGUGAUGCCGUGACAUCAGUCGACGAUAUUACGCGGCGGUGAGUGGACGCAGUUACACCCGUUCCAUACGGAAAUAAACAUGGCGUCGUGGGGAAUAGUAAACUGUGUUUAGUUCCUGGAUACGUGAGCUUUUUGGAUUUCAACGGGUUUGGAAAUUGCCGUCACGGUCUGACAUCACGUUAAAUUACUCGCAAGGAUGUUGCCUGACUACGGUUGAAGUUUGGCCAGGAAUCUCGCGCUGAAGAAAAUUCGACGCAGGUCUGCGGAAAUUCAAUGCGGAUCCUAUUUGAAGCGCAGGAGUUUGGAUACUUUCGAGAUUGUCGAGAAGUUUAAGAACACGGUCUCGUUCGAGUUUGCGAGAGGCCUCGUUUGGUCAGAAAAUAUUUUCACGCAAUUAGGGUGGCUGGGAAAGCGUUUAGGGCGUUGUAAACCAUCUGUGAGAGAUGUCUGUCAACGGACUGGGGUUGAACGCUAGCAUGGGCAUCCUUUUAACGCCGACAGGACCCUCACGUGCCGAUGUGUCUUGUUUUCUUUAGCCAUAGUGCAUGCGCGAUGACACAGAUAAUGACAGACGGCUGUGUUUUAUCGUUUCCCCUUGAAAUAGAUCUUUUGUGCACUUGGCCAAAGGGAUGACGAGGUGCACGCGGUCUAAUGCGAUGUCUAUUCACGCUUUCGUCGAAGGAGCUCGAAUAAUAAGCCCGAUAACAAGUACAUGCAUCGACAACCCUCGUCGAGCAACUUUCAUUACUGUCUUUCGAAUAUCAAAAAAAAAAAAACAAACCUUUACUUUGGUAAAUCAGUUCUCACAAAAUUAUUCUUGUAACUAGUCUAAUGCUAUCUAUCAGCUUUAUUUAAGUCGUUACAACAUUUCAGAGAAAUGUAGACCUUCUUCUGAGUCGAGACAAAAUUAUUUGGCUGCUCAAGGUUACCCUACUGCGAAUCGUGUCAGCCUCCACUUACGUCCAAUGAAGGGAAGAAGCGAAGGAAUGUGAGACGAAGUGGGAGGAGCCAUCAUAAUGAAUAUAAAAUUAAAAUUAAUAUUAUGCUAAAAUGAUAUCAUUCUUCCUGCUCGGCGUCAUUUGUAAACGACUUUGUAAGAAGAGUACAAGGUCGACCAAACAACGUACAUCGUUUAAAUUGUCAAUUCUCUGUACAGCUUUUACGAUCUCCCAGCGAGAUAAGAAACGAAGUUACGAGAACGUCGACGAUCGUUUCACAUUACGCGAGAACUACAACCGCUAACCGCCUAGCGAAAAUGUUAACUAUUCUUCACACUCUAAUGGGACUUCUCAAACACGACUGUUCGACAAAUACCUUAUCUAUAUUAAACGCGAGUACAUUAUACAGUUGUCUAAGCUCAGAAAAGGAAGUAAUGGUACAAUCUUAACUCUUCAAUUACUUAUUAUAUUUAUAAGAAAUCUCAAUUAAUCAUAUCAUAAGACAAGCUUUACAAUUUUUAAAUUUUUAUUGACAUUCUUCAAACCUUUUCAAGGAUCUUUAUAUGUAAUGUCGUGUCUGUAAUACAUUAAACAAUGUACACAGUAAUUAUUCACAUAGCGAAAAGUCCCAUUGUUAAUUACAGCAAAUAUUCACGGAAACGUUUAGUUUUAAAUAAAUGUUUCUUGUCUUAUCAAGAUUGCAAGUAAAUGCUACCCUCAGGACACGAGAACGUAUGCAAUAAGUAGGAAACUUAAUAAAGCUUAUUAAAUGCUGAACUAGAUCUAAUUUAGAAGAUAGAGUGGAAAGACACACAUGGCCUUUAAAACUGCAUUGGCGGUAGAGAGCUUCUACUAGGUCAUCAUUGUGUAUUUUAUGUUAAUGGCGCGGUGGAAGAUAACAAUGAUUGUACGCUGGAAAGGAAAACAAACUUUUUAAGCUCCAUUCUGUCUAAUUAAUGACAUUUUCACGUGUGCUUGAGUUACUCUGACCUGCUCUUGAAAAUGUGUUCAACGAGCCAAGACAAGAUUGCAGAAAAUGCCGCAGAAGAACAGAAAACGGAAGUUAGAGGGGGAGGAGCAGUCGAUAGCCAACUGGGAACAGGAGAACAUUUUCCGAGAUAAAACCAGAGAGGAAAUGGAAUCUAUGUGGGAGCUACCACAAAUUUUUCAUUUUCUUCAUCUUACCAAGGAAAGUCUGAAUAUACCUCAUUUAUCUAUGUAUGAAAUGGAACGUAUGCUUCUAAUACCAAGAGCUUCAAAGCAGUUGGCGAAUAUCAUGACAUCCUUGUUAAGCUCUCCCAUCACCAAAGCGAAGUUGAGGAAGAUACCACCCAUGCCAUACGAGUUCUGGACUAACAUUUUAGCCUACAAAAUAAAAAGCUGGUUCAAAGUCUACGAGGGAAAGCAUCAGGAUGCCGUCAAAGUUCUAGAAACCAUUGGCGUCGAACCAGAAUUCUGGAACAUUUUUCCCGAUGCCCCUCUGCUGAAUGGGAAGGAUUUCGAGGAGUUAACUUUCAAGCAAAAAGUCUGGCUUCUGAAAACAAUCUGUGAUACGGUUAUGCACACUAGGAAAACUGUGCAAGAGGAAAUAGCUAAGCAACCAUGGGAAGACCAGUUCGAAACAGUCUUAGGAACCGAUCGCUACGGAGCAAGAUACAUUUAUUUUCCACAAUUCCUUAAAAGUGAUCUACGAAUAUAUAGGCACUGUCUCGAUAAUAAAAUCCUAUCUACGGUGAAGCCCAUCAAGCCAAAGUUGAAAACAGGUUUAGGAAAUAAAACACUGGAACAGUCAGAUUUGAUGAGGAAAAGAGCCAAGCACAAAAGGAAAAAAUCACGGUGGAGCAAUGGUUUGCCUUCAAGAUCGAGAAAAAGAGUAAAUAAAUGCGAUGAAAAGAUUCUAAGCGACUGCAAGUGCACUAGCGACAGUGCUACAGGCUCCUUAAUUAACGAAGACACAAAUCUGAGUAGUACAAGCACCUGUAAUAAUAAUAAUAAUAAUAACAACAAUAAUAAUAAUAAUAAUAACGACGAUAGUAGUAAUAAUAAAAAUAAGAAAAAAGUUAAUUUAGACACCGUCAAUGGGAAAAGGUCGAGAAGCUUAUCGAAGUGUUCGGAAAUGAGUACAGAGUGCGGUAAGACGCACUGUACAAAUGUAAAGUCAAGCGGUUAUGACACGAAUAGUUCAGUUGAAACGUCUUCUGAUUUAAGUAAGCCUGAGAAAAUGUUCAAGGGAUUCUCGAAUAGCAGUAACGAAAAAUGUAAUAUAAAAAUAAUUAGCGGUAUAUUGGGUAAUUUAAAAACGAAUCAAAGCGAGGGGAGGGGGACAGACGAUGUAAACGCAUCUUCGACAAAUACCUCGCAAGAUAAGUUAGAGUUGAACUCGGUGAGACAAUAUUUAGACACAAUAGAUCUCUGUACAAGUAAAAGUGAACCCGCUGAUAACCUGUCCAGCGUUUCCAAGACUGACGAUGAGAAAUUGAACGAAAUUAUCAGUGCCGAAUGCUUCAAGUUGGGCGACAAAAGUUCCAGUAAUUUUCACACAGUUAGAGAAACGCACCAAAUAUCAACCAUAUCAAAAUCCGACGACGAAAAAUUGAGCGAAACUCAAAGUGGUCAUAGCACACCGGAAGAUAACGCUAGUCUUGUCGAAGAAACGAAGGAACAUGUUCAAUUUACGACUAAGAAAGAAAGUAAUGGGUCUGUUGAAGAAUCGCAAUCGGGUCAAAGUAGCAAAAGUAGAGAUAACGAGAUGGAAUCUGAGAAGAAACAGAAUCUUUCUUUGAGUGAAUUGAGGUCGAUGUUGCAAGAAGAAGUGAUGGAGGAUGAUCUCUCAUUCGACGAGGACAGUGAAAUUGGAUAUAACCUUCGAAGAACGAGGAGUGAGAAAACGCGGGACUGUAAACAAGAAGUGGAUGAUUUUAAUGGGAUGCUAUUGGAACUGAGUGCUUCGAAAUUUCAACUCGUAGCAGACAGCAUUGCUUCACUGAAGGACCUCAUAGCUUCCUUCUUGCACAAGAACGGCAGUCCGAGUGCUGAUACGGAUGAUGACAAUGAGGCUAUUCCUCUGUGUGAACUGAAACUGGUCAAGAAAUUGUCAGAUCUACUCGAGUCUUUAAAGGAAAUGGAACCAGCUAUCUGCGACUCAUUGAAGAAAGCCAGAGCAAAACUUCAAAAGGAAUUAACCAAUUUAAAAGAAGGACAAGCUGCUGUAUGUUGUAGCAGUAUGGAGUGUCAGGACUCAUCUGGGGAGGGUGUCGGCUCUAAUUGGUGGGUUCUUGGAUCGCAGGGCUAUCCACUGCCAACUUCCGGAGAUGCAUCGUUACAAACGUUAUCGCAGUCUACCCUAUCCCCAACUGGCGCCCAAAGCAACACCGUCAAGAGCAAAGAAUGCCAAAAGGAGCACACCAGUCACGCAGAAGACAGUAAACACGAGCCCCAAGACCACAAAGAACGUCAAGGCGAAAACACGCAAAGCGAGUCACAAAGAAGCGAAGACAAUAGCCAGGAAAGCACAGGAGCCGAAGAAGAGUCCAAGGAAGAUUCGAACUGUGAAGAAGGACAACAAACACGAAGAGUGUUGCGAGCACGCGGCAUCUCCUCCUACACAGAACAAUUUUAUUCAGACGAUGAGAUCGAGGAGAACAAGCUGGAAGAAUGGCCCAACCUUGAGGCAGUCUAUGCGGCUCCCAGCGCACAGACCGGUGCAUCCACUCCUCACUUUGGUUCGAAAGUCAAACUCGCUGAUGGUCGGACGAACGAGGAGGACUCAGACCAAGAGUGGAUUCUACCGAGCUCUCGCAAAAGGAAAAAUAAACGUCCGUCUGCCAAUAGAAGAUUGAAGUCAUUCGAACAUAAAUUACAAAGCAUCAAAGUAGUCGAGCUACAAGAGGCAGCGGAAUCGCUGGUAGCUGCUCCUUCGACUGUAAAAAUCGACAAAGAAAAACUUGCAGUCAAAGAAGACCACAUAGGUAACCUAGAAAACUCUACCGAUUCGACAAAAGCUUCCAGUCCUAACGCCACCGACAAUCACGAGGCUCCAGUAGAGAAUCAUGAACCUACGGUAGAAAAUCACGAAGCCGUGGCGGAGAAUCAAAACCUUGAGAAUCACGAGGCUGUGGUAGAAAAUAAUUUUAAACAAAUAGUGCCUUCCUUAGAAACGAUCAACAAAGUCGAGAACAUUGAGAGCGUGCAUUCGGAAUUGGAUAUCAAGGACGAAGGCCCGAUUUACGACUACACUCCGUGUCAGGUCGACAACGGUUACACUGCGAACGUCAACGCCAAUUACAUGAUGAUUAAAACUGAGCCUAAUCCAAUGAAUUAUUACGUGAUGCAGCCGAAUGCCGCGACUGUCGUUUCGCCCAAUACGAUCGUGCAGCAUGGAUCCGUAGUCUCGAAUAUCAUACCACAGAUGCAGCAAGGUUACUACGUUCACGGAGGGCAGAAUUAUAUCAUUCAGAAUCCUCAAACUGGUUACGUUCCUCCUCCAUCGUUGCAGCCUCAAGGGCCACAGAUGAUAGCUCCUCAACAAUUCAUCAAUCACCCUGGUUACAUGCCAUACGUGAUGACAGCGCCCCAUCCGCCACAACGUGACUUCCUACCUGCCAAUCCUCAUUUUCUUCCACAGAAUACACAUCAACAUCUUCCUGUUCCAACACAUCCGAAUCCCACGCAAAAUAGAUACCCGCAUCCACAAAACAGAUACCCAUCACGCCCGACACCCAAUCCACACCCAAAUGGCGCGGUUAUAAGAAGCAAUAUGCCUAUCAGAGGGACUUUUCCGCGAACUAAUAACGCCAGACAACCCAGAAACCUUCCCCAGCAACGAGUGAAUUCUGUCAAAUCACUGAAACCAAGGAAACCGAGUGCACCUUCAGAAAAUGCAACUCAGAAUAAAUCCAAUUGUUUGAUCGUUCUCAGCGACAGCGACGACGAGAUCGAGAUGAUCGUUACUAAGAAAGCAGGUUCUGAAACGGGGAAAGCGAAGACCACGCCUCGUAAAAAUGUUGUACAAUCUAGGCAGAAGCCAACUAUUACCUCAAACGUCACAGUAGCCACACCGAAGGGUUCCAUACCUCAACAGAUAAUACAACGUAUGAGCCAAGGUGGCAUCUCUAUAACGCCUGUGAAGCCUGCUCAGCCGGUUCAAAGUCCGAACACGCAGUUGGUGGUGGUCGUUAACGAUACUGGAAGCCAUUAUGCCUUAGCAUUGCCCAACGGAAGCAAGCUCAUCCUCACUCCUGAACAGGUGGCGCAGAUUCGUGCUUCGAACGGUGGAAAAUUAAUUUUGUAAAAUGAAAUUUCCUCCAAACGGAGAUGAACUACGCGAAUGAACGUUUCGUGAGUGAAUGGUAAUUUUCGCAAGGGAACGUCGAAGCAUAUACGAUCGACGCGUGUACAGUAUGUCUCGAUGUUUCCUUUGUUAGUAAAUUGCAAAUGGAGUGGACGGGGUGAUGCACUUUGAUCUCUUUCACUUAUGUUAUGAUAUGCUUUCCAAGCUGAUGUUCCUGCAAUAUAUAACAUAGAGUAUGAUACUCUUCUCCCUCUUUUUAUGCUUGGUGAAUCAAUUCGUAAUGGAGUUUUAAAAGUGAAAUAUUAUUAAGAUAGACGAAUACCUCUGAAAGUAUGUGCGACUACUAAUUUAUGUUUGAUUGAAAAUUCAAUUGAUUCUAUUACGUGUGUAAGUCGUUUGAGAAAAUUGUGCAAGUUAGUUACAUUCGAUAUGUAUAUCAAUUUUUUACGUAGACAGAUUUCUUAUCUGUUUCUAUAAACUACCGAAACGUGUUUAUUAGUAACUGAUAAUUUAUGUUAUCAAAAGUGAAUAACAAAAGUGUAUAGCUGUACUAUACUAUUCUUUAGUAUGUGAUAUUUCAUUUAUGAAUAUAUAAAUUAUUCAUAUUAUUUUAUAUAUAGUUUGUAUAUUUUAUAAUAGUAUAUUAAACAUUAAGCAAAUUGAACGAGAAAUUUCACCUUCUACAAUCAUUUUCGUUUAGAUUUAUAAAUAUGAAAAACUUCUUCCUCGCUGAAAAGAUUUUUGUUUUUCUUUCUUUUUAAAUUAUUAUAUUUAAGUUUCGUGCAACUGUUUAUGUAAGUACAUCAUCACCAAAAUAGUCUAACUAGUAAAUGUUGAGUUUCUAGAGGGAAACCAUAUGUAUAUUUAAAAUAGUUUGUUUAAUAUAUUGUAUAAAUUAUA